GUCGCCCGCCCGCCCGCCCGCCUGCCUAAGGGGAAAGGGGCGGGGUCCCCCACCUACCAAUCAGCGCCCGCCGUCCCUCCCCGAGAAGCGGCGCUGACCAAUCAGAGCGCAGCGCGGCCAAAUGGCGGAGCGCCACGGGGCUGCCGUUGCCAGGGGCGGGGCGCGGUUGCCGAGGAGCGGGGGAUGCUGGGGGGGCGGGACCUGGUUGUUAAGGGCGGGGCUCUGUUGUUAUGGGCGGGGCCUCGUUGCCGUGCUCUGUCUCGUGUUGCUAGGGUCUGUUGCGUUGCUAGGGGCUGGGCCUAACCGGGCUGUUUGCUAGGAUGCAGUGAGGGAUGCUAGGGGCGUGGCCUGUUGCCAGGGAGCGCGUUGCUAGGGGCGGGGCCUAAUUGGGCAGAACGGGGCGCUAUUGGCUGUUGCCAGGGCCGGUUGUCAGGGGGGCGGCUUAUCGCCAUGGCAACCAGGUGCCGCGGGUGCCGCGCGGUGCAUUGUGGGCCGGUGGCGGUCCGACCCCGGCCCACAAUGCCCCGCGGCGGCGUAGCGGCAGCAUCAUGGAGCAGUACAUCGUGCUGGGCCGCAUCGGCGAGGGCGCGCACGGUGUCGUGUUCAAGGCCAAGCACCGCGAGACCGGGGAGCUGGUGGCCCUCAAGAAGGUGUCCCUGCGGCGCCCCGAGGAGGGGCUGCCCCCCCAGACCCUGCGCGAGAUCAAGGCCCUGCGCGAGAUGGAGGCCCACCCCCAUGUGAUCCGGCUGCGCGCCGCCUUUGCCCAGGGCCCCGCGGUGGUUCUGGCCCUGGAGCUGCUGGUGGGGGACCUGGGGGGGCUCCUGCGCGCGGCCCCCGCCCCGCUGCCCCCGGCGCGCGUCAGGGCCCUGCUGGCCAUGACCCUGCGGGGGCUGGGCCACGUGCACGGGCAGCACCUGCUGCACCGGGACCUCAAACCGGCCAAUCUGCUGCUGGACAGCGCCGGCCGCCUCAAGCUGGCGGAUUUCGGGCUGGCGCGGGUGCUGGGCCCCCCCUCGGGGCGCCCCUACAGCCACCAGGUGGCCACCAGGUGGUACCGAGCCCCCGAGCUGCUCUACGGCGCCCGGCACUACGACGAGGGCGUGGAUUUGUGGGCCGUGGGCUGCAUUUUCGGGGAGCUGCUGACGCUGUCGCCGCUGUUCCCGGGGGAGAACGACAUCGAGCAGCUGUGCUGCGUGCUCAGGGCGCUGGGCACGCCCAGCCCGCGCGACUGGCCGGUGAUCCGGCUGCGCGCCGCCUUUGCCCAGGGCCCCGCGGUGGUUCUGGCCCUGGAGCUGCUGGUGGGGGACCUGGGGGGGCUCCUGCGCGCGGCCCCCGCCCCGCUGCCCCCGGCGCGCGUCAGGGCCCUGCUGGCCAUGACCCUGCGGGGGCUGGGCCACGUGCACGGGCAGCACCUGCUGCACCGGGGACCCCGAAGUAAGGGGGGAGCCCUGAAACUGGAGGGGGACCCUGGGACUGGAGGGAGGCAUCUCCCACCCCACAUGAGCACCCCAAAACUGGGUGGGGGACCCCAAAAUCGAGGCGGGGGGAGGUUCAGACAGCUGCAGGACACCCCAAAACCGGGGUGGGCACAUGGAGGGACCCCAAUAUCUGUAGGGGGCCGCAGGUGUUGGGGCGCCCCAAAAUCAAGAGGAGCACCCCAAUGGCUGGGUGGGGACCCACAGUCUGGAGGUAUUCCUGGUCUGGGGAGCACUGGGGGGGUUCCCCGAGUGUUGGGGACCCCUCCUGAGGCCAUUUUUGGGGUGCAGGACCUCAAACCGGCCAAUCUGCUGCUGGACAGCGCCGGCCGCCUCAAGCUGGCGGAUUUCGGGCUGGCGCGGGUGCUGGGCCCCCCCUCGGGGCGCCCCUACAGCCACCAGGUGGCCACCAGGUGGUACCGAGCCCCCGAGCUGCUCUACGGCGCCCGGCACUACGACGAGGGCGUGGAUUUGUGGGCCGUGGGCUGCAUUUUCGGGGAGCUGCUGACGCUGUCGCCGCUGUUCCCGGGGGAGAACGACAUCGAGCAGCUGUGCUGCGUGCUCAGGGCGCUGGGCACGCCCAGCCCGCGCGACUGGCCGGAGCUGUCGGAGCUGCCGGAUUUCCCCAAGCUGCGGUUCCGGCCGCGGGCAGCGCCGCCGCUGCAGCUGCUGGUGCCGGGCGCGGAGCCGGCUGCGCUGGACCUGCUGCGGCGGCUGCUGCGCUACCGGGCACAGCUGCGCCCGCGGGCACACCAGGCCCUGCUGCACCCCUUCUUCUUCGGGCCCCAGGAGCUGACCCCACCCCCGCCCCCGGGGGGGUCCCGGCAGCCCCCCGACUUCAGCCUGGACACGGCGCUGGAGCUGCCCCCCCGCGGGGCCCUGGGACCCCUCCCCAGCCUGGGGGACCCCCACUGACCCCCACAGGGGCACUGAGACCCCUCCCCAGUCCUGGGGACCCCCACUGACCACCCCGUGGGCCCUGAGACCCCUCCCCAGCCUGGGGGACCCCCACUGACCCCCACAGGGGCACUGAGACCCCUGCCCAGCCUGGGGAACCCCUGAGACCCCUCCCCAGCCUGGGGGACCCCCACUGGCCCUCCCAAACUGGGGACCCCCUGACGGAUGCCUCCUGACCCUCCUCGGCCUGGAAGACCCCCACUGCCCCCUCAUGGGGCUGGGGGACCCCACCCCAAACUUGGGGACCCUUGGGAGACCCCCACUGCCCCCCCAUUAUUGACCCCUCCCCAUUUUGGGGGACCCCGAGGACUCCCCGGGGGCUCUGGGACCCCUCCCCACCCUGGACUCCCCCAAGGGACCCCCCCAGAUUUCCCCCCGGAUUUGGGGGGCCCACAGACCCACCCCCCGAGCCCCAAAACAGCGCCCCCAGGAGCAACAAAAUCGGGGAAAAUCUGACCCAAGCCCCUCGGAUUUGGGGUGAAAACGUCGGAUUUGGGGUGAAAAUGUCGGAUUUGGGGCUGGAAGCUCAGCAGGAGAUGAAAACUGCCCGGGUGGGACCCAAAACCCCCAGAUCUGAGCCCAAAUCUCAGGUGAGAGGGAAAAAAAUCCUCAUUUUGGGGGUUGGAAACGUGGGGCUGAAAGUCUUCAGUUUUAGGGUGAAAAUCCCUGAGUUUUGUAAAAAAAUCCCCAAUUUGAGGCUGCAAAUCUCCAGUUUUAGAGGAAAAAUUUUCAGUUUUACCUCAGUAACCUCAAAUUUAGAUUUAACCUCCCAAUUUUGGGUUAGAACUGCUAACUUUGGGUGAAUUUUGGGUUGAAAUUGGUAAUUUUGAGGUGAAACAUCCCAUUCUGGGGGUUGGUAAUAGAAAUUCCAGGCUGAAAAUUCCAAUUUUGGGCUGAAAACCUCCAGUUUUGGGGCUGAAAAUGCCAAAUUUGGAAUAAAAAGACUGACUUUGG